UUCAAAUUCAAAGAGAAGGGACUUGUCCUUUAUCUUUUCCGGUUUCAGUGUGCAUAGAGAUAGAGAUGGCAAGCAAAGUCUCUCUCCCGGAGGAAUUGGCCGGAGAAGACAAUUCGUAUGAUGCAUUGAUGGGAAUAUGUUCGGCGAUCGACAAAAAGUGUUCGGUCCUUUUCCGGAUUGUGGAUGCGGUUGCUGCUUUGAGCUGCGAGGCUACAAAGGCUGAUGUGAUGUCUUUUAGCUCGUUGGAUUCAGGAGACGGGUGUGGGGACAAAGACGCCAUUGCAGUUUGUGGUGACAUGAAGGUAUUGCUAAACGGAUCUGAACUCGUUGGAAAACAACAAGUCGAAGCGGUUUCAAAGAUCCCUAGAAUCCACGGGAAGUUCCGUUCCGUUGUGAAGAGUUUUAGUGCUGACAUUAAAGAUGUGAAGAAAUCCGCAAAAAACUCUGCAGGAGCUGAUGAGGUUUUGGGAACAUCAUUGUCGUCUUUGUCAGUAGCUAUUAACUACUUAAGAGAAUGUUCGAUGUCACGCUUGAAUCUAUCUUUUGAGUCUAUUGUAAACGAUGAUUUGAGGAAGGUAUUCUCGACUUUGCGAGGAAAGAGCUCUUCUGACUACCAGAAUGCUCACCAAGAAGCAUACACUGCUCUUUUUCGUGGGCAAUACGUCAACUUUGCUCGCCUUGUGUAUGAGUCUCUUGAAGUUUUGUAUACUACUCUCGGUUUCGAAGCUGUGGCUUCUUUCUUCGCCCUUCACGGUGAGGAGAAGACAAAACCUGUCCCUGUCCUUGGUAAAGGGACACGCAUACUUGUCCAGUUUAUCAAGGAAAGAUUGUUCAGUGAAGAUCUGAUUGAGACAUCGGUGGAGGUGGAGAAAGUAGUGUCUCUUUUGCACCCGAAGGAUCCUGCCUUUGCUUGCUUCUUGGCUAAAAUAAAGGAGAUUGUACAAAGUAACGAAACUAGAAGUAAAUCCAAAAAAAACGAAACUAGAAGACUUCCAAAGCUCCCAAAGGGAACACGUGAUUUCGCAAGAGAGCAGAUGGCAGUACGAGAAAAAGCGUUUUCAAUUGUACAAAAUGUAUUCAAGAGGCAUGGUGCUACAUCCCUUGAUACACCUGUUUUCGAAUUGAGAGAGACACUUACGCAAAAGUACGGAGAAGACUCCAAGCUGAUUUAUGACAUCGCUGACCAGGGAGGAGAGCUCUGUUCUUUAAGAUAUGACUUAACUGUUCCAUUUGCACGUUAUAUGGCUAUGAAUGGUAUCACAUCAUCAUUCAAAAGAUACCAAAUAGGUAAAGUAUACCGAAGGGAUAACCCAUCUAAAGGUAGAUAUCGAGAGUUUUAUCAAUGCGAUCUCGAUAUCGCCGGUCUUUAUGAAAGAAUGGCACCUGAUUUCGAGGUUGUAAAGAUCUUGACUGAACUUCUUGAUGAACUACAAAUUGGUGAUUAUGAGGUGAAGCUCAGUCACAGGAAGCUGCUUGACGGUAUCUUGGAGCUUUGUGGAGUACCACCGGAAAAGUACAGAACCAUCUGUUCGAGUAUUGACAAGUUAGACAAGCAGUCGUUUGAGAAAGUGAAGAAAGAAAUGGUGGAAGAGAAGGGUUUGUCUUCAGAGACAGCAGACAGAAUCGGUACUUUUGUAAAGGAAAGAGGACAACCUAUGGAACUGUUGUCGAAACUAAGACAAGAAGGGAGUGAGCUGUUAAGUAACGAAUCAUCAAAAGAAGCACUUGAAGAUUUGAGUAUUCUGUUUGAAGCACUUGAAAGAUCGAAUUGCAUCAAUAGAAUAGUAUUUGAUCUGAGUCUUGCGAGAGGUCUUGAUUACUACACUGGCUUCAUCUUUGAAGCCGUCUGCAAAGGAGCUGAGGUCGGAUCAAUCGGGGCUGGUGGGCGAUAUGAUAACCUUAUUGGAAUGUUUGGGACAAGGCAAGUUCCAGCAGUUGGUGUGAGUCUUGGUAUUGAGAGGGUGUUUACGAUAUUGGAAGAGCUUCACAAGGAGGUGGUUCGAUCAACAGAGACACAAGUGUUGGUUAGCGUCAUGAUGAAAAAUGAGUUACCUGAAGCUGCAGAUUUGGUAAGUCAGCUUUGGGAUGCAAACAUAAAAGCAGUGUUCCUUGUGAGCAAAAGACAAGAAAAGCAUUUGAAGCUGGCCAUGGAAUCUGGCAUUCCUUGGAUGGUGAUUGUGGACAAAAAAGAACUCAAAGGCGGUGUUGUUAGAUUGAAGAAUAUGUUUACAGGGAUUGAAGAGGAAAUAGAACGACUUCCCAGAGAUAGUUUCGUCGACAGACUGAUGAAGCAUCUCAGCACUUGAAAGCCAUGUCGUUUGAUCCAUUAU